AUGCUCCGGACCGGGCCCGCCUCCGGAUCAUCGGUCCCCGCCGGCAGGGCCAUGCCGAGCCGCCGCACCGCCAGACAGCCCGCCGAGCCGGAGCUGGGGGCGUUGGAACCUGCUAACCUUUCCUCGCUCUCAUUGGCCGUGUCCAGGACCACAGAUGAAUUGGAGAUUAUUGACGAGUACAUCAAGGAGAACGGCUUCGCCCUGGAUGGGGUGCCUGCUGGCCUGGGUGAGGGGCCGAGCCUGGUGUCACGUGGGGCGGCCUCCCUGAGCACCGUGACCCUGGGCCCCCCACCCCCGGCCACGCCGCCACCCUGGGGCUGCCACCUGGGCCGCCUCCUGCCCACUGCCCCAGGCCCGGGCCCUCGGCCACAUCUGAUCAUCACUGAGCAGCCCAAGCAGCGGGGCAUGCGCUUCCGCUACGAGUGCGAGGGCCGCUCGGCCGGCAGCAUCCUGGGAGAGAGCAGUACGGAGGCCAGCAAGACGCUGCCUGCGGUCGAGCUCCGGGAGUGUGGCGGGCUGCGGGAGGUGGAGGUGACAGCGUGCCUGGUAUGGAAGGACUGGCCUCACCGAGUCCACCCCCACAGCCUCGUGGGUAAAGACUGCACAGAUGGUGUCUGCAGGGUGCGGCUCCGGCCUCACGUCAGCCCCCGGCACAGCUUUAACAACUUGGGCAUCCAGUGUGUGAGGAAGAAAGAAAUUGAAACUGCCAUUGAGCGCAAGAUCCAACUGGGCAUCGACCCUUACAACGCCGGGUCCUUGAAGAACCAUCAAGAAGUGGACAUGAAUGUCGUGAGAAUCUGCUUCCAGGCCUCAUAUCGAGAUCCGCAGGGACAGAUGCGACGGAUGGAUCCUGUGCUCUCGGAGCCUGUCUAUGACAAGAAGUCCACAAACACGUCAGAGCUGCGGAUCUGCCGGAUCAACAAGGAGAGCGGACCUUGCACGGGUGGCGAGGAGUUGUACCUGCUGUGUGACAAGGUGCAGAAAGAGGACAUAUCGGUGGUAUUCAGCACAGCCUCCUGGGAAGGCCGAGCCGACUUCUCCCAGGCCGACGUGCACCGCCAGAUAGCCAUUGUGUUCAAGACGCCACCCUACGAGGACCUAGAGAUUGCUGAGCCUGUGACUGUCAACGUCUUCCUGCAGCGACUCACUGAUGGUGUCUGCAGCGAGCCACUGCCCUUCACCUACCUGCCUCGGGACCACGACAGCUACGGCGUGGACAAGAAGCGGAAACGAGGAAUGCCCGAUGUUCUGGGCGAGCUGAACAGCUCUGACCCCCACUGCAUAGAGAGCAAACGACGGAAGAAAAAACCGGCUUUCCUGGACCAGUUCCUGCCCUGCCAUGGCUCAGGCCCCUUCCUCCCGCCGUCAGCCCUGCUGCCCGACACGGACUUCUUCCCUGGCCCCGUGUCCUUGCCAGGCCUGGAGCCCCCUGGCGGGCCGGAACUCCUGGACGACAGCUUUGCCUAUGACUCCACGGCGCCCACGCUCUUCACCAUGCUGGACCUGCUGCCCCCGGCGCCGCCGCUCGCCAGCGCUGUCCCCGGUAGCGGGGGCGCGGGCGCCGCGGUCGGGGAGCCCCCUGGCCCUGAGCUGCUGACGCUGGACUCAUACCAGGCCUCGGGCCCUGGGGACGGAGGCACUGCUAGCCUCGUGGGCAGCAACAUGUUUCCAAACCAGUACCGCGAGGCGGCCUUCGGGGGCGGCCUUCUGUCUCCCGGACCUGAGGCCACGUAG